GACUUUUCCCGGCAAAUUUUGCACCCUUUUCUCUCCUCCUCAGCAUCACUAUUUAGUUUAGAAUCCACUGAGUGAUUUGCAAUACCUUUUAGAGCAAAAUCCACCCUUCAUUGUGCAACAAAACAGUCAAGAGAGUGAUAAAGCGGCGAAAUUGUCAACAACGGAGACUCCACGUAAUGAUGCGCUUCAGUAUCUGUCUCCCAUUCAAUCGUGAAGCAUCGAAAGUGAGGAAUUUUACGCGAAAAUGACGACUCUGAGCGUGGAAAAUGUGACUUUUGAGCAAAAGGAACUAUUCGUGCCGGAUAUCCAGGAGCUCAAGGAAGUUCUAACCUUGGGUCUCAAGAAGAAUUUCGAAGAGGUUUCUGUGGACUUUGUGGAGUGUCCAGACCUCUCAAAGGAACCUUUUAAUCUUGCUAGUUCGGGACUCUGUGGAAAUCCCACAAUCAUUGAAUACGGAGGUGCACCGUUUCUCUUGCCCCUUGUCCAACGAGACAAGCUCUAUGAUCUCGAUGAGAUCUGCCAGAAGAUCUGUCGUUUUCGAAACAUUAGCGAGUAUCUGGCAGUUGGUGCUGGGGCUGGACCCUACGUAUUGUGUAACACAAAUGCCGAAGGAAUAUUCAAUUUGAAAAGGAAUGCCGACGGAAGCAUUGUGUCCAAGAGUCAUCUGGCUCUUGUGAAUGCUGAGAAGAAUUGUGAAAGGAGGAGUAUUCCUUCGUCAGAGACACGAUCUGCACUCCUUGGGAAUGUCUAUUUGAGUGAAGGCAAAGGUGGACAGAUUUUGAGGGUUCACUGCAAAAAACGCACUGGAUCGAAUAAUUUCAUCACUCAAAUAAGAGAAAGUCUGACUAAUCAUUUUGUGGACAAGGACAUAGGACUAGGAGGAGCAUUUCUCCUGCGAAGUGGCAAGGUUUAUCAACACGUGAUGCAGGACUUCUCCAAGACGCCCAUCUACACUGAAGAAGAACUAAAUACUUGGCUAAAAUUCUACGAUAUGCCAGCUCCUCUUGUCGCCGUUGGGACACUCGUGACAAACGAAAUGGAUCUAGAUCUGCGCCUGCAGCACUUCCACAGCUUCUCAUCGUCCCAGUGGGCCGGACACUAUCACUACGACACCACUCCGGACACCGUUGAGUACGAAGGAUACUUUGGCAUUGGCCAGAAGCUUUUCCGGAUUGACAAACCCAAAGUAACUCAUAAAUUUGGACGAGAUUGAUAAGGAAACAUUUUUUUUCAGUAGUUACAUUUCAAUUUUAAUAAAUCUUUAUACAAAAAGAAGAAUGAAAUAAAUGAAUAAUUCCUCUUGUAA